UGGAAAAUCAAUUCUUUGCAAAGCAACUCGUAGGCUCAGUUUAGUUGCUUUCACAGACUAGCUGCACUAGACUAUACCAUCAAAGUGUUUGUUUAUUAAAUGAGUUAGAAAAUCAAUGUUCCACCCAUUAAUCAAUGGCGCAAUUCCAAUUAAAACAAAGCACAAUGCUCUACAAAUACACCCCAACGCAACCACACAGUAUUUCCACAGUUGUGAAAGAAAGAACAUGAAGCUAGCUCCAGCACUACUGUUCGUGAUCACCGUCCACCACCUCGACCCCAGCGUCCAAGCUAAGCGCCUCCAGAUAGGCGGUAAAGACACAGGGAUUUUCCUGUACCCCUACAUGGCCGCCAUUGAGUUUGCCCAAAAGCUCGUGGGCAAUGGUGCGAUCGUUGCACAGCGCUACAUCCUUACCUCGGCCAGUGCCGUAGCCGAACCGCACGACUCCCUGUACAAAGUGCAGCUCGGUGCGAACGUCUUCAAGGGUCCGGGUGACCUGUACGAGGUGCUAACCAUCUACAAACAUCCCCAGUACAUCGGCUGGGACUACAACAUUGCACUGCUACAUCUGAAAGAUCCCAUCCGCUACAGUGACUCGGUGCAGCCGGCCAUUAUUGCAGACACUUUCGUGAGCAAACUGCAGGUGCUGCUGGUUUCGUACGGCACCAAUGAGGAUGGGACGAUGCAUCUGCGCGAAGCCAUCUACACCACGUCGACCGGUGCUGAGUGUGUGGACUCCCUGACGAGGGGGUUAUCGAAGGAAAUCAUUAUUCAGGAGCACGGGUUCUGUGUGCGUAGCCCGCCCGGGGCUGAGCAGGGCCAGUGGGCCGACGAUGCCGGUGCACCGAUCGUGGCCGACGGGAAGCUGUACGGUGUGUUUGCGUUUUCUGAGCAGGAGGGCAAAACCAAUGUCGGAUCGAUCGGUACGCGGGUUUCCGCAUUUUUGGAAUGGAUUUAUGAAACGAUGGAAGGACAUGAUUAGCAUGCGGAAGAUAAUCUCUAAAUCGUA